AUGUCCUCAGAAUGGGAAAGGGUGCUCUGGAAGAGACAGCCUUACCCUGAUAACUACGUUCCACCCUCGUUCCUUUCCGAGCUUCGGAAGAACCCCAGCUUCAGGCCAUACACAUAUCGGUCUCUCGUAGUGGGGUCUUUCGCCAUAUCCCAGCACUUUUCCACCAUCUUCAUCUUCCUCGCCGUAUUCGUGCGCCUGCACACGUGCGUGCUUGAUCCUCGCCUGCUCGUCUGGAUGUCCGUCGGCGUAUUUGUAUCUGGUUACGCAGUCUGGGAGAUCUUGGACUACGUGGAUGUUCGGAACACACCACGAGACCUGAACGAGAACCGGGCCAAAGUAUUGAAGUCUUCGAUCUUGGUUUUUCUGGCGCUCCUGGCACUGUCACCUGUGCUGAAGACCUUGACUGCUGCCACCUCAUCCGACUCGAUAUGGGCUUUGUCUGCCUUUCUGUUCAUCUUGAACGCGCUUCUUGCGGAUUACUCCUCCGCGAAGCCCGAAGGCCGCAUUCGCGAGAGGCUUACAUCUGUUCUUUCGAUGAACGCAGCCAUCUCAGCAUCGGUGGUCCUAGCCUCACGCCUGCCGGAUAACCUGUCCGUCUUCGCGCUCAUUCUGUUCGCAAUCCAGGUGUUCUCUCUGUUCCCCAUACUCCGGCAUAGGCUGCAGGCUACUCCACUUGUACUGCAAACCACGCUCACCGCUGCUCUCUGUUCCUUAUCGUUGUUCCUAUCGUCGAUCUUUCCCUCGACUGUUACAUGGGUGUUUGCCGCGGUCUUUGGCUUCUAUACCUUCGGCGCCCCGGCAAUGCUGAUGUGGGCACAGCGGUAUAAAAACGAGAUACGAGGUCCCUGGGACGUCGCGGUGCCCAAGGUCAACUGACCGCUGCGGUCGACGGAAGCAGAUAAAGCCGACGCGCCAUCUCUUUUCCAGGCGCCACCAAAAAAGCGCCAGGGGCGCAUUUCGUUGAUCGGCGACUACUGUCAAUCGACGACCGACGGCGUCUUGUCAAUCUCACUUCGUUUUGUUCCGAUCAUCGCGCGAGUGGCGUAUGUUUUUUUUUUUCGCUUGAGCGCAGGCGUUAGGCUUGGCAAAAGGUAAACAAGAGGGUGGGAUUAUUUUACAGUAAGGGUUUGAGCGGAUUACAGUAUAUCACAAUGCUCUAUACAUCGUUACAUUGCUAUUGUCUACAAAGUCCCGUUCGACGCUUAGAGCUUAGAGCUGAGAGGGUGAGAGAUGAACGCGAGAGCAUAGAUGUUACCGGAGAGCGAGCCGCGAGAGAGCAUUGCAAGGUCGUUAAAAGCAUAGUGCUAAGCACUGCAGAUGGAGCAAAAAUCAUGGAGGCCGGUCAUCUCCCUCGGCCGUCUUCGUCGUCGCUGUCUCGACGUUGGCGUUUAACGCCUACGAUGCCCAUCCCGAUACCUCUCGCCUCGAGGGCCUCGAUCGCAACCUUGGCGGCGCCAGACGACCGCUUUGUGCGCGCACGGUUCCGCCGGAGCGCACCGAAGGCUUGCGCCUUGAUCACCGCCAGCGUUCCGGAUAUUGGCGGGUCGCUGGGUGUGGGAGAGCGCGAGUCGCCGUCGCCGCCCUGGGAGGAACCCGUGUCCUUCCUCGAUCGCGGUUUUGACUCGGGCUCCGCGGCUGCAGGCGCCGGGGGGUCGCUCGCGGUCGUGUAGUCGGCCAUGGAGGACGGUCCAGAGUCUUGCCGCCGUGGUUGGGGCAUGGCGUAGCGGCUGGGGCCGGCGAGAGAGGAGAUGUCGGCGAUCCCGCCGUGCAGAGUCAUAUCGGGGUUGCCCUGGCGGCGAUAGGCGUAUUCGGAGCGCUCUUGAUGGCCGACGGACGAGUCGGUGUAUCCCAUCUGAUGGUAGGGGGACGUAACGCCCGUGGAAGACGUGGAGGUUGGGGUAGAAGGAGCGGAGAGGGUCGGGCUGUGGCCGUUGGCGGAGAAGACGUACGGGGCGGCAUCGAGCGAGGCGAUGGGCAUUUUUUGAUCUUCGACUGUCGCGUAUUGAGACAUGUAAGAAAGGGCAGGGGACAUGAGCGUCGGCGACUCGACAUAGGCCGGAGAGUGCGAGGAGCUCCCGCUAUCGGGAGGGCACGACUCACCACCAGACGAUGCCGAGUGAACGACGGGCCCCGUCCAGGCGGCGGCGUCGCCCCGUGCAGAGCCGGCGAGGGCGUAUGAGCUUGUCGACGAAUAAGGGCCGUACUUGGCGAGGGAGGCGGCGCGAGCGGCGGAAGACGAGACGUGCCCGUGUUCGGGGGUAGUGUAGCCCGCGCUGGUGGCGUAUGCGUGGCCAGUGGCAUACGUGUUGGUGGCGUAUUCUGUGUAGCGCAGGCCGUCGUCGGGGUAGUGGGAGGGGGAGAGCGGGGGGAUCUGGGGGGUGGCGCCGUUCGCCUGGGCGGGAAAGAACGCUAUCGGGAGCGGGGGUAGCUCAUCGCGGGUGCCCCCGGCCCUCUUCGACAUCCAGAGGUGCCUCCACAUUUUUUCGCGCUCCUGGCCCUCGCGGCGGAGGCGGGCGUUCUCUGCGCGGAGCUCUGCCGCCUCUGCCUUGGCCUCCUUGCACGAGUCCUGGAGCUGGAGGACGACGCCCUCGAGGCUGGUGACUGCGAAGAGAACACGGGCUCGGAUCUCGAUGUGCGGGGGACGGGGACGUGGCACGCACCGGUCUCCUCGAGGCUGGCGAUGUAGUUGGCGCGUCGGGCCCGGAAGGCGGCCUGGGCGUCGGCAUUCUUCUUCUUGCGGAGGGCAAUGUCGGACAUGCGCGGCUGCGCGUCGUCGUCGGGGCUGGAGGGGUUGAUCAUCGACGGGGGGAGGAGCCAAGCGGGCUUUUGUUUGAAAUGGCAAGGGCGAGAAGACGGCGGGGGGGAGAACCGCGGACACACUAGUGGGUGGGCCUAGCCGAGCUAUAUGUAUUGCUCCUCCUCCUCCUCCGCUGGCCGUCGCUGCUCGCGCUGCCCAAAAGAACGCACGGGUCUGAUUCGAACGCGGGCCACGACCAGGCCAUGACCCGCGCUGGCUGCGAGUUCGUGUGCAGCUGCUGCCCCGCGGAGGACGAUCCGGCGACCUGCCGCAUCGGGCGACGCUCCCACCCACCGCUCCGGCCCCGCCGACGCGCUGCGGGAGUCCCCGCCCGGCCAUGCCUGUUGCACAGUGCACACUACCGACUAUACACGCACGGGCUCGCCCUCGCAAGCCACCUCCUCCACUCGCCCCCCGACUCCCACAGGCACAGCCGCACCCCGUCACGCGAGCGCGUCCCCCUCCUCGGCUUCCUCCC